CUAUGGAAACUGAAGGAGGAGAGGAUUAAAGAAUUUUCUGAUGUUCAGUCUCAGAUACAAAAGAUAUGUGCAGAAAUUGUUGGGGACAGUAAGCACUCGGAGAGUCCAAGUGUUGACGAGACUGAUUUAUCCCUGAAGAAAUUGGAAGAAUUUCAUGCUCAGCUCCAAGACCUUCAGAAAGAGAAGAGUGAAAGGUUGCACAAAGUUCUUGAAUUUGUGAGCACCGUACAUGAUCUUUGUGCUGUCCUUGGCAUGGACUUUUUUAUGACUGUCACUGAAGUGCAUCCAAGCCUGAAUGACUCAACAGGUGUACAGUCUAAAAGCAUAAGCAAUGACACGCUGUCUAGAUUGGCAAAAACUGUUUUAGUGCUUAAGGAAGAUAAGAAACAGAGGUUACAAAAGCUUCAAGAAUUAGCAACUCAGCUAAUUGAUCUUUGGAAUUUAAUGGACACACCCCAAGAAGAACGAAGCCUAUUUGACCAUGUUACUUGUAAUAUUUCAGCUUCAGUGGAUGAAGUUUCCAUUCCUGGGGCUCUUGCCUUGGACCUCAUUGAACAGGCUGAAAUAGAAGUUGAAAGGCUUGAUCAGCUAAAAGCUAGCAGAAUGAAGGAAAUUGCUCUGAAGAGGCAGGGUGAGCUAGAAGAGAUAUUUGCUCGUGCUCACAUAGAGAUUGAUACUGAUGCCGCUCGAGAAAAAAUCUUGGGACUCAUUGAUUCAGGGAAUGUUGAGCCUGUGGAAUUAUUGGCUGACAUGGACAAUCAGAUCACAAGAGCAAAAGAAGAGGCUCUGAGCAGAAGGGAUAUACUGGAUAAGGUUGAAAAAUGGAUGUCAGCUUGUGAAGAAGAAAGCUGGCUUGAAGACUACAAUAGGGAUGAGAACAGGUACAAUGCUAGCAGAGGUGCACACUUGAAUCUGAAGAGAGCCGAAAAGGCACGGAUCUUGGUCAAUAAAAUUCCAGCUCUUGUUGACACCUUGAUUGCUAAAACUCGUGCAUGGGAGCAAGAUCGUGGUAUAACAUUCACAUAUGAUGGCGUUCCUCUCCUCGCCAUGCUAGAUGAAUAUGCAAUGCUCAGACAAGAUAGAGAAGAGGAGAAAAAGAGGUUGAGGGAUCAGAAAAAGUUCCACGAUCAGAUGAGUAAAGAACAAGAAGCCAUUUUUGGUGCAACACCGAGCCCGGCGCGACAACUUAGUACCAAGAAGGUGGUAGGUCCACGAGCCAAUGGAGGCACCAAUGGUACUGCAAGCAGACGUCUUUCUCUUAAUGCUCAUCAAAAUGGUUCCAGAUCUAUAAAUAGAGACGGGAAGACCAGACCAGUUGCUCCUGUAAACUAUGUCGCCAUAUCAAAGGAGGACGCAGCAUCUCACAUUUCUGGGACUGAGCAUAUUCCAAGUACACCGUAAGUAUCUGAAAAUAGGAGUAUCUGUUUUGUUACUAUUUGGUUAUCAGCGUAGUUUCUGUAGAACAGUUGUUUGAUAUAUGAGUGAUUUAGAUUUCAAAUUGACGAUGGCACUAUGGUUGUAUGUGGUCGUAUAAUUUGUAAUAAUAUCAGAAUUAAGGCAUUAAAUAAGUACGUCGGCUAUGUACA